AUGUGUAUGCAGGAGCUGGCGGUGAACAACCCGCGGUUCCGGCGCUACGUGUGCGUGGCCACGGGCCGCGUGUUCCACGCCUGCCAGCUGCGCAUGCGCCUGUGGACGCUGGCGCUGCGCCAGCCGCGCGUGCUGCCGCCCAUCUCCGAACAAGCCGCGCUCGAUUCGGGCGCCAAAAUCCUAGGUCGGCAACGCACUCGUAACUCCUCCAUUGUUCCCGGUAUCCAUGGGCGAUUGAUUGCUUACCACCAGGUGUUGGAGGAAGCAUCACAGUGGCUGGCAUUAUUAUUAUCCCUUGAAGAGCUGCAGCGUGAAUUGGAGCUGCAGCAGCAAGACAUAAACCGCCUGCAGGCCACACUGCGCCGCCUGGCACCGACCUACUUCCCACGUGCUCCGCUAGACGCAGACCAGCCAAUGCAACAUUCAUCACCGAAAUCAAAAUCUGCAACAAAAUCUAAGCCUACUGCCGAGUUUGACGCAGAAUGUCCUCCAUCGAUCUCAUCGGAAUAUUCUCCGUCCCCAACCUUAAAAUCCUCUCCGCCCCCAGCAUCAGAAUGUCCUGCACCGCCAACAUCAGAAUGCCUUCCGCCACCUACAACAGAAUGUACUCUACCAUCUACAACAGAAUGUCCUCCACCAUCUACAUCAGAAUGUCCUCCACCGCCAACAUCAGAAUGUGAUUGCCCUCCACCCCCAAAGAGGAAAUGCAAGCCGACAGGCACUGCGCAGCGACUGAUCGAGACGCAACUCAAGCCUGGAGUAGCUGACUGGAAUAUCGUAGUACCGAUGCCGCCAGCAUGCGAGAACGCAGAGGUCACCGGCGUCGACUUGACUGUGUGUGAUGCUGACGCGGCGCCCGAAGUCACAAUGAGCAACGCUCUAACAGCGCGGGUGCACCGCACAGGCCAGCUCACUAACUUCGCAGCCGUCAACGUUACCGUCCACUGCAACCCAUCCGUGCUGACCACGAGCUCUGCGCCCGUCACUACAUCGACGAUAUCGACUCCACCUGUGCCGACCACACCGUCUGCCACUACUCCCACCACUGACGCCAGGUCUAAUGAAAUGUUUUCUGAAGAACUGAUUUCAAAAGUGGAGACACCUCUUAACUAUUCUGCGAAUGAUGGCUUGACAUCCAAUGAGUUGACGCCCCCAACAACUGCGUCAACCACGACGUCGCCACCAUUACCAGAGGUGACCACUCGACGUUUAGAAACAACAUCUACGACAGAACUGGUUACAACCACACAGAAAAAAAAGAUCAGACCUAAGUUGAAAAAACCAAGAACAGUAAAAGUUACGAUUAAAAUUGCACCAAUUCAGCACGAUUCAAGAGAAAACGAUAUAAUAUUGAGCUCUGAUGGACCAGAGUCUUUGUCUAAUAAACAGAAGCCUACCCAACAAUUUUCGCUCCAAAGCUCCGAAUAUCCAUCGUAUAUGGAGACUCCGCCUCGAAUUGGAAUAAAUCCUCCAAUCCACCAUGAGCGACCACAUCGACCAGAGUCUCCCUCGCUGCAUUAUGGUGCGCAGUUCGGGCCACAGUACGGGCCGCAGUACGGGGCCCAACUCGAGCCGCAGCAAGGGCUGCCGGAGCCCCUGCACUGGCUGGCGGCGCAGCCCCCGCCUUACUCGGCAUACAAUUGGCUGUACAGCGCGCUGAUGUCGCCGUACUCAGUACUCGGUUCUUCAAGACUAUUUGGACCGCGGCGAUUAUACUGGCUGCGACACAAGCCUACCAUGAUUUUAAGUAACUUUAAGUCUUCAACGGAGUUUAUGUCCCUGUGCUCAGAACAGGCGGAAACGUACCUGCACCUAUUUUGUGUGUCGAGUGCGGGUCGCCAGUCUAUUAACAAAUAUCGUCUUAUGGUCUAUUUCCUCAGUCACGUAGCGCGCGGCGUGGGAGUUCACGACAUGCGUUAA